AUGGAUGAAAGUUGGGAUAACCUUAAUGUUCAACUGGAUUCUAAUAUCAGUAAAUCUAUAAAACAACUGGGUUUUAAACAUAUGACACCAGUUCAGGCAGCAACUAUUCCAAGAUUUCUACAGAAUAAAGAUGUCGCUGUUGAAGCUGUAACAGGAAGUGGAAAAACAUUAGCCUUUAUUAUACCACUGUUACAGAUGUUAUUAAAGAGAGAUACCCCUCUCAAGAAAAAUGAGAUUGGUGGUCUAAUACUAACUCCUACCCGAGAAUUAGCCAUACAAAUAGAUGAAGUUUUAAACCAGUUUCUAUCACAUGUCACUCAAUUUACAUCCUGUCUUUUUAUUGGUGGAUUAGAUGUCACUCAAAUGAUAGAAAAGUUUAAAACACAGGGGUGUAAUAUUAUAAUAGCAACACCAGGUAGAAUGGAAGAUUUAUUUCAGAGAAAACAUGAUGGUUUCAAUUUACCUGCAUCAGUCAAAGCUCUAGAAGUAUUGGUAUUAGAUGAAGCAGACAGAUUAUUAGAAAUGGGAUUUGAAACAAGUAUAAAUAUGAUUUUAAGUCACCUACCAAAACAAAGAAGAACAGGAUUAUUUUCAGCAACACAGACUGAUGAAGUAGAAAAUCUUAUUAGAGCUGGUUUACGGAAUCCAUUACGUAUUACAGUGAAAGAGAAGAAAAAUACAGUAAAUCAACUAGUCCCUAAAACACCAGCCUUAUUACAAAAUUAUUACAUGAUUGUUGAAGCAGAUGAGAAAAUGAAUCAGUUAAUAUCAUUUCUGCGUAAACAUAAAAAAAAUAAAAUUCUAGUUUUCUUCAGUACUUGUGCUUCUGUUGAUUAUUUUAAAAAGAUAAUAGAACAAUUUGUACAGAAUACAACAGUUUUUCAUAUUCAUGGUAAAUUAAAACAGAAAAGAGUAAAAGUUAUUGAGAAAUUACGCAAUGCAGACAAUGGUAUAUUGGUAUGUACAGAUUUAAUGGCUAGAGGUAUAGAUAUACCAGAUAUAGAUUGGGUAGUUCAAUUUGAUCCACCUAGUUCUUCUAGAGCCUUUGUACAUCGUUGUGGAAGAACUGCUAGAAUUGGUAAUAAAGGAAAUGCUUUAGUUAUGUUAUUACCUGCUGAAGAAACUUAUAUUUCUUUUCUAAAAAUAAACCAGAGGACACCUAUGGUCGAAAUGCUGGUUGAUGAAAAGGCAGCUAAUAUUGUACCAAAAGUUAAAAAAUUUACAAAAAGAGACAGAGCGUUAUAUGAAAGUGGUAUGAAAGCUUUUGUAUCAUUUAUACAGUUUUAUGGUAAACAUGAAUGUAGUAUGAUUUUCAAAACUAAAGAAUUAAAUAUAGGUAAAUUAGCUACAGGAUAUGCAUUAUUAAGAUUACCUAAAAUGCCUGAGUUAAAAGGGAAAGUGAUUGAUAACUUUACAGAAGAAGAUAUAGAGCCUGAUAGUAUAAUGUAUAAAGAUAAAAUCAGAGAAAAAAAGAGACAGGAAGAAAUCAGGAAGAUACAAUCUGGAGAAAUUGUGAAGAAAACCAGAAAUUUCAGGACUAAAGCCUGGUCAGAUCAAAAAGUCAGAAAAGAAAAAAGGAAAGAGAAUCGAGAAAGGAGAGCUAGAAAGAAAAAAAGAAAACAAGAAGAAAUGAGUCAAGGUGAUUUAGAUGAAUUAGAUGAUGAUAUGAAAUUAUUUAAGAAGUUUAGAAAAGGCAAAGUUUCCAAAGAAGAUUUAAAUAAAGAAAUUGAUGCCACACUUGAAAAAGGAGAAGGUGUUAAGUGAAGAAAAGGUGUUUAAGAACAUUAUUGUGAUUUUCAUGAGGGACAUUAACAACUUGGCCAUAACAGCCUAUUAUAGACUACAUGUGUAAAUGAAGUGAUAAAUAGAAUAUGCAGAAAAGUCUAGGAAACAUAAACUGGCAGAAUAAAAUAUAUAAAUUUGUUUCCUAAAGGAACUAACAUCACAAUUUGGUGGCAUCAAAUAAACUGUAAGAGUAAAUGAAUUUGUUUCCUAAAUGAAUUACAAAUAGAUAAUUUAAGUAUAUUAAUUUAUUUCUUCAUUUGUUCAGACUAUGCACAAUUCAUAGAGUCACCAUUUUUAUUCCAAUGUACCACAAUGGUAUUUUAACAUCAUUGUGAUUUAAGGCUUUAACAAUAAUAGUAAUCUCUCUGUCACGUCUUGGUGUUCUUUAACAGCAAUUGAUGUAGUAAUAUACCUUAAAAAUAUAUAGUCAAUUAUCAAACAUAAAGAGUAUAUACCACAUUAUGAAACUCUGAUUUCUAACAUCUGAAGAAGCCUUUAAAUAGGCACAGUAUAGGGUUUGUUAUCUGGUCUUGACUGGAAACCUUGGUGGUAGAACAAUGGAGUUUUCUCAGGUAGUCACCUAAUAACAUUUAUAUGUAUAAUCAUCUUCACAAUGUUAAACUAUUACCUACUUCAUACUUAUACCUUGACUGCAAUAGUCACCUUUCUUGUAUCAUGGAAAUUUGUAAAUGAAGUGUUUGAUUUGAUUAUAUGCUAGGGAAUAUAGCCAAUCAGAGACCUUGACAGAAAAUCUGUAAAUACAAAGCCAUAAUGUUUACAGCAUUUCUGUUAAGGGCUCUGAUUGACUGUAUUCAUUAGCAUACAAUUCAAUCAAAUCACUACAAUAGUGGCUAUUUCAGUCAAAGUAUAAGUAUGAAGUUCAUAUAACAAAUAGACUAUAACCCC